GCGGGCCAACGCCAAACAGCGACGAGGACGAGCUGGUCGUGUCCAAAACGGAAUCUGUUUCCAUCUGAUUACCAAGUAUCGCCAUGACAGAUUGCUCUCCGAACAACAAACACCCGAGAUGCUCCGUCUUUCACUGCAGGAUCUCGUCCUACGAGUGAAGAUCUGUAAACUCGGCGAAGUGGAGCCGACCCUCCUCGAGGCCGUCGACCCGCCAUCUCCGAAGAAUAUACGGCGGGCAAUUGAUUCCCUCAAGGAAGUUAAGGCUCUUACCAACACGGAGAAUCUCACCCCGCUAGGAACACAGCUUGCCAAGUUGCCAUUGGACGUGUUUCUCGGAAAACUGAUCAUCCACGGGGCAUUUUUCAAGUGUCUAGAUGCAGCCAUUAGCAUUGCGGCCAUUCUCUCAUCAAAAUCCCCAUUCAUUAGCACGAUGGGGUCAAAUUCGCAGAAGGAGGUGGCGAGGCUUUCGUUCAGAAAGGGCGACUCGGACCUAUUGACCGUUUACAAUGCGUACUGUGCCUGGAAGCGAGCAAGGAGCACGCCUGGAUCCAAUGAAUACGCCUUCUGUCGGAAAAACUUUCUCAGUUCACAGACACUGUUGAACAUCGAAGAUGUCAAGAUGCAACUUGUAGUAUCCAUAGCCGAUGCAGGACUUUUGCAACUGGACGCCUCGCAAAAGACCUCUCUAAACAGGUCGGUCAUUAUUCAAUACCCGAUUCCCGAUUUCCAAGACCAAAACUAACGGACAACAGAGCCCGAUCUGGUGGCCGCAACCGUCAAUUCUUCGUCAUCCCUGAAGAGUACGACAUCAACAGCGCCAAUGAUACAGCAGUAAACUCCGUCGUCGCAUGGAGUUUCUAUCCCAA